CACUGUGAGGGCAGGUGGCAGUGGGUAGCACUGGGCACUUCUAGUCUCUUCAUAUUUGGCGAUUCUGAUCCUAUUUUGGAGCAUCACCGAAUCCCACUGUCCCAAUUUCUGGGUUGUGGCCAGUUUGUGGACCAUCGCUCUAUUCUUGCGAAUGUAUUGGCGAAGUGUGUGCCAGUGUUUUCGAGAAUCUUAAACGAUAAUCUGUUUUGCGUACAAUCUUUACGUAACGGACACGUGGGUAUUCAUCAGCACUCAUACAAUAGGAAAAUCAAAAACAUUGAACACAAGGAUUGUUCUGCUUCAUCAACAUGGAACAAGAGGGGCAACACCAGACUUCCAGACAAGUGUUGUCACGGGCACAGUUGUCGUACGCCACAGGAGAUGGAGAGCGACAUAGGGCUAGCUUCUUGUGAUGGAGAUUCAAGUUGUCCGAGUGACCAGGUUAUCGAACAACGUGGUCACAAAAACUUUGUGAAGCCUGGAGGAGACAAUCUUAAACUAUUCGGGAGCUCUCGACCUUAUGAAAUACUAUCGAAGAUCAAACGGAGGCCAAGCUCGGAAUGUAAAAUGAGAGAGUUGUCGAGCAACGACGUAUUUCGAGGACAGUUUCCAAUGAAGCAGGACUGUGGCGGUGCAGGGUCUGAUAUAACUGGAGAUUACGAUUGUCUUCAGCGGCCCUCUUCAUGUUCCAAAACUAGCGAGCUCCAAGGCCACAACAUAUUCGGGGCCUUCUUAAAUCCUUCUCAGCCAUCCCCACCGCCCCCAAUGCCCCCCUAUCUGCCUGAAGAGAUUCGUCUUCCGCCUGAUAAGAUACGGAGGAAUCCGCAGAAAUUGGCGAGCCAUUUCACGCUUGGAGGACCAGAGUACCUGGACCCGCCGGGACCAAAGUCGGAAUCGUCAUGGGCAAGGCAGAGGAUGUUGUACGGCAGUGUGAUAGAUGAGAUGCAGGGAGAUGGGCUUCCUGUAUCUCUUGUAUCGGAUUUGAAAGCUAGAGAGCUGGCUGGCCACACAAACCUAUUCGGCAUCCCCCCUCGAUUCUCUCCGGCCUUUUCUCCCCCACCGGAGCGUAGGAUUAUUCCGCACUGCGUUGCUGGAAACGAUCCUGAUGAUGGACGACAAAAUCACAGAAAAAAGAUCCAAGAUCUUGUAGGUUACAAAGCGGACUUAAUAAGCGAUGACAGGUCUAACACACAUAGACCAUGCCGGCAUCCGGUCAGUGAUGCCAAAGCACACGAAUUGAGAGGUAAUGACAUCUUUGCACGCCCUAAACUCAGUGACCGUGGGGGGUGUAGCAGCAGUGACACUAAGUAUGCGUUGACUACUGACAAAGCUUGCAAGGAUACUCAGCCACAUGAGAACAAUUACAAAUAAAUAAGAGUUACAAAAAUUAAGAUAGUUAUAUCUUCAGCUACAAUCCCGACCUAAAGUUUUCCUUUCUUGACGGAGAGCAGCAAUUAACUUUAAGUGAAUACCUCUAAUUCCAAGCCUGAUAUCAAGUAGAACGAAGUUCCCAGAACGCCAUCUUACAGCACAAAUUAGAAGAGAGUUAGAAGAAUAGGGUUAUGUACAGAGAGGUGUAACACUUCAAGAAUGGAAGAGGAAUGAAGCUGACUGAAAUUUCUUGAGACAUUUGUUACAUAUUUAAUCGUACAGUCCAAGAGGAUGUAUCAUGAGCUUUAUACUCAUAAAUCGGCUGUAUUGUAAGACAGCCGUGUUGUACAAAUGAAGAUCUCGAUCUUCUACUUUCUAUACAAUUCCUGCAAUCCAUUGCUAGUAGGAUGGUAAGCACAGUUCAAACAU